AUGUAUUUAGAAGAAGCGGUUUUGCCUUUUGAAGAACCUUUUGAUAUAUUGGGUUGGUGGAAGCAAAAUGGCUUAAAAUACCCAAGUUUGCAAAUGGCAGCAAGAGAUUUCCUAGCAAUUCCUAUCUCCACUGUUGCUUCGGAGUCUACGUUUAGCACUAGUGGUAGAUUUCUCACUCCACAUCGCAGUAGAUUGCGGCCAGAUACUUUGGAAGCAAUGAUUUGUUACCAAAACUGGCUAUGGAGUAAUUUGAAAGGUUCUUCGCCAUCAAUGGAUAUGAGUAAAAUGAUGGAGUAUUCCACCACAAUAUUGGAAGAUAUGGAUGUUGACAUUGCGCUGUCUGGUAGCGGUUGA